AACAUCGUACAUCUCUUCAUGUGACGUACAAACUGUGCUGUCAUAAAACCAGCAGUCAGGAAAGUCAAGAACCAUACAAUAACAAAAAAACACAAAACAACAUUUUAAAAAAUUUUUUCUGUUUGACUUUGGCCACUAUACGAUUUAUGUCAUUCUCCUCGAUGGUUUAAGGAAAAUGCUGAGUCAGCUCAAGUUAAAUGAAUCAAAGGUGAAAUGGCGUCAAAUUAUUGGAAAUUGGAAUUACUUCAACGUUUAGAGCGCAGAGAUCGGCUGGAAUUCUUGUCUUUUAAAGAUCUCAUAAAGUCUCAUAAUAAGUUAUUUGAUAAUGCCGACAUUCUUCAAUCUAAGAUUGUUCAACUCGAAAUUCAGACUCUUCAAAUGAAACAGGAAAAUGCAGAUCUUCAAGAGAGAGCCUCAAUUUCAGGAAAUAGCUUUUCUUAUAGUUUAAGUGGCACAUUCAACAGUGACAAAGUUCAAGCAUUUGAGCAAAAGAUUUACAAACUGCAAGAGGAAUUGACUGUCUUACAUCGAACCAAAGGGGAGAAUGCGCAAAAAGUGAUUGAGUUGAACAAAACAAUUACAAAGAAAGACAACGAUUUGUCAUUUAAAGAAGCAAAGCUUCAAGAUUCACAUAUUAAUCUUGAAUGUAUGAAAACAGAAACAAAGAGAUUGGAAUCGACGAUUAUGGAACUGGAAGCUACAAAUCAAAUGUUAAAAGAUGAAUUGCAAGCCCUACAAUUGGCGUAUAACUCUCUUGAGAUGAAAUAUGGAAGAGUGCAAGAGGACAAUCGAGAGUUGGUGGAAAGAUGGAUGAUAAAGAAAGCGAAAGAUGCUGACGCGAUGAAUUUAGAGAAUGAACAACAAACAAAAGCUCGUCAAGACAGAUUGAGAAGAGAUUUAAUGGAAGCAGCUAAAGAACCAGUGACUUUACCACCAAGAUCACCGAUGUCAUCUUUUGACUACAAUGGAGAUAACCUAUCUAGUCCUUCAUUUUGUUUUUCUACAAGUAUACCAUCGGUACCUUUACAUAAAGUGAAUGCUCAUGAUGGCGAAGUGAACACGGUUGGUUUUUCUCCCAACGGACAAUUUUUUGCCACCGGUGGAUCAGAUAAACUCGUCAAAUUAUGGAAAAUAGAUAAAACAUGUGAAGUCAUUUCUAAGAUUUAUGGCUGUAAUGCUGGUGUUACGUCCAUUGAAAUUGAUUCACAGGAUAAAUUAAUUUUAGCUUCAUCAAAUGAUUUUGCAUGUCGAGUUUGGACCUACGGCGAUGGUAGACAACGACACACUUUGACUGGUCACGGAAAUAAAGUAACAAGUGCUCGAUUUUUUCUCGAUUCAACGAAAGUCGUAUCUGGAAGUCAUGAUCGCACUUUGAAAAUUUGGGAUCUCAAAACAAGGGCUUGUAGUCGUACUAUAUUUGCGGGCUCGAGUUGCAAUGAUCUAGUGACAACAAGUUUGGCUUCAACAACGAUAAUCAGUGGCCAUUUUGAUAAGAGAAUUCGAUUUUGGGAUUCAAGGUCAGACACAAGUUCUAAUGAGAUUGUAUUGUCAGGUCGAAUCACAUCAUUAUCUAUUUCUCCUGAUCGUAAUACUUUACUUGCUGCAACAAGAGGAGAUGCUUUAAAACUGAUCAAUCUUCGAAUGAGUCAAGUGUCAGGAACACUUAGUGCGGAUGGUUUAAAAAUAGCUACAGAUUGCACGAGAGCCUGUUUUAGUGCAGAUGGUAAUUAUGCAGCUUGUGGUUCACAAGAUGGUAGUAUUUUUAUAUGGGACACAACAACAUUGAAGACAGAGAAAGUGUUAAAAAGUAAUGGUGCUGCAGUUGUAUGUUGUGGUUGGCAUCCUGAUGGACGUUCUUUUGUAAGCUGUGACAGAAAUAAACAAGUCAUAGUAUGGUCAUCCAUGUAAUCCAUACACUCGUUUUGCAUUCAACCAAACAUUACUAUAUUCAAUCUCUCACAAACAGCGAAGAAUGUCUCGUGAAACUUUUUUGAUACGUCUAGUUUUUGAAGAGUUAACAGUGAAAAGUAGAACUCCUAAAAGUGGAAAUAACGUUUUAGCAAUUGUGUAUGAUAUUUUGCAAAUUGAUGUGAUAGCACCUAGAAAUGAAAAUUUUUCAAAAUAAUAUGAAAUGACCUAUGAUACAUA